UUAAAAACUAUAGUUUGUUUAAUUUGCACUGAGCAAAUGUAAAUGUGUAAACUAUUAGGAUAUGCUCUUAUUUCUUUUGUAAAAUGUUUAUUCUAACCUAAAAUGACUAACCUAAUAAUUGCUAUAUUGUUAUAGGAUUGUUUGAUUUUCAUCAAAUGUUAGUCACUUUUCAUGUAUUGUAGAUAUGACCCAAACAUCUGAUGAUAUUGAAAACGAUAUAAAAUUUGAUCCUCCAGCAUUUAGACAACGUUACGCUGAAGUCUUCGACAUUCUAAUUGCAAAAGAAUGGAGGAAAAGCUUGAAGAAAAUGGUUGAUUUUGGUUGUUCAGAGUUUGGUUUUUUUAUCUUUGUUAAAAGAGUGUUAAAUCUACAAGAAUUGUUGUUGGUUGAUAUUGAUGAAGAAGUUAUGAAAGAAAAUUUGUAUAGAUUAAAACCACUAACAGCUGAAUACAUAAAAACCAGGAAUCAACCUUUUACUGUAAAAGUGUUUGAAGGAAGAGUUCAAGAUCCAGAUUGUCAGUUAAAAGAAACAAAUGUUGUGACAGCUAUUGAAUUGAUAGAACAUCUAUAUCCCGAUGCACUGGAUGCAUUCCCAUACAAUGUAUUUGAAUACAUUAAGCCUAAAUUAGUAGUUGUCACAACCCCGAAUGCUGAUUUUAAUGUCCUGUUCAAAAAUUUUAAUAAAUUCAGACAUUAUGAUCACAAGUUUGAAUGGACUAGGGAACAAUUUCAAGAUUGGGCGACAAACAUAGUUUUACGUUUCCCAAAUUACACAGUGUCAUUUUCUGGUAUUGCACCAGGACCUCCUGGUACAGAGAUUUAUGGAUGUUGUUCACAAAUGGCUCUAUUUGUCAAAACAGAUUCGGAGAAUUCAUCUCAAAUAGAAUGCAAAUGUCUGGGAGGUCACCCAAACCCAUCAGAUGAAUCUCAAUUAAUGUGUAACUGCCCAUGUAAUAAUUGUAUUUCAAGCGCUUCAUUUGGUAUUUGUACUCAUUGCACUCUAUCUAAAAAGAUUAUUUCAGAUAAAAGUGUACCUAAUAAGUUUUACAAAUUAAUCGACAUCAUCGAUUACCCGUUCUACAUCGAUAAGCGAACAGAAGAGGAGAGACUAUCCGACGAAUUUAGAUACAAAAUAAAUACACACGGCCAAGUAAACGGACGCUUUUACAACGACGAGCUUGGCAGGGCCGAAAUUCCUCUCGUCGAUUUACUGUAUGGAACUCACGAACAACACCUAACAAUACAGGAACUCGAUAAGUUGCUGCAGAAAAUCGGCUACAAGACUGAAGAAUGUUUUAUCGGGCAAUCGGGGGUGAAAGAAUUGUGCGUACUGUAUGAUCCCCUGAUGGAUGAGACAACCAAUUCCGAACCGUCAGAGCCCGAAUCACAAGAAGGAGCGAACCAGUGUGACGAAAACGAACCCCUGCCCGACUGGGACACCGAGGAAAACCCCGAAAAUUUGGCCAAGAAAGCGGAAAGUCCGGUUGAUUGGGAAGAGUUUCGUGAGGACACCCAGUCUGGUUCAUCAAAUAGUAACUGGAUAGCACAAGAUAGUGGAUCCGGCCAAAAUCCCACGGGAACUUCUAAAAUAAUUCCGUUAAAACGCACCCAAGCAAUGGAUCCGGAACCGGCAGUACCCCCCGAGCACUCCAAAACAAAGGACACGGAUGAUCCGCAUCAAAUGUUACAAAUCGACUCGACGGCGAGUAUAACGACGUUGCCCAAGAAGAAAGACGUCGUAGUUGGCGGCGCAAAGUUCGAUGUUGACAGGAUCAACGAGCUGGACUCGUUCAGCAAUCGUAAUCAGCAGUACUACAGAUACAGUUUCAGAAAUUUUGCGAAUUUCGUGCGAAAGGAAACGAGAAAGACGGACGGUAAAAGAUGCAGCCGCGACAGAGAUCGGGAAUCAGUGGCUGGUCCGUCGAACGUCAGACGCCGUAAAAAAUUGAUCACGUGGUCGUCAGAAAGUGAGAACGAUUCGCCGAUUCAGGACGUCAAGUCAAUGUUGGACUGCAUGGUUCACAAUCUGCUCAACAAGUUGGACGUGUAUGAACCUGUGAAUAGACUGGACAAACUGAUCGAGUUCAACACACCUCUCGACGACAAUGAUAUAAUACAGAUAGAUGAUGACGAUGAACCGAACGAAACCGUUCCAGUUCCUUCAGUCAUCAGUUCAAGUCAUUCAAAGAUCAUGCAAGAAGUGAUCGAGCCCCGCCUUCCGUUUUCUUCGACUGAUACUACGGACGUAUCGGAGGACACAGACAGAAUCGACGAGGAAAGCGUGGAAAGGGCUAGCAGAGAGGCACUUUACGAUCCCAACUCAAAUCCCGAUUUGCUCGAAGAGUUCCAAGAGUUGGUGCGAAGGACUAUGCCCCAGGUUGAUCCAUCGGUCGAGCAGGACAACAUCAUGCUGAUCGGUGUCGGGCGGUUGUCAGAUGAUGAAGUUAUUUUAAUAGUUUCUCCAGACGGAUUUCCUAAUUGGUUACUGCAACUGGACGGAGGCAUUCCGAAUGACGAUAACGUUGCUGUCGAAGGCCCGCAUUUUUAUUGUCAAGGGGAUGGAUUAGGGGUGCAUCCGUCGAUGAUGGUGGUAGAGAAUGAUGAGGAGGAAGAUGCGGAUUCGGAAUCGUCGAGCAACGAUACCGCUGAAAUGGCUGAAGGCACUUCUGAACCCGAAGUUCAAUCUUUGCAAGCAGACAGUUCACACGGUACCACGUAUUUUACACCUCCCAGUGUAAUCAACGAGGAGGAGACGCAGAAUGAGAACCGAACUGAUGAGAACGACAACGAAGAACCCAACUGUUGAAUUUAACAUACUGUAUUUUCUGUACAAGCAACUUUAAAAUAUAAAAUUUAUAACUAU